AUGAAGGGAUUUAGACAGAGAGUGCAUGAGCAGUUGUCGCGGGCUAAGGAUGGCAACAAGUCAUCGAAGAAGAAGGAUUCCACCUCCGCAUCCCAAAGCCAGUCUUCCCUUGGCAUCCAUCAAACACAACAGUCCACCUCCCCGAACCAGGGCACCCCGACAUCGUCAACGACUUCUUUGAACGACCCUCGGAACAAAUCGCCUGACAAUGCCUCACCGGCUGGUACCCCUUCAGCGGGCGGAAGUGGUGCACCAGUCCAACACUACAUACCCCAAGGCGCUGGUCAGCCUGCCAGCAAUGGCCCGGGAACCCCGACGCGACAGGGCCAACCGGUCGCUCCUAGUGUGAUCAUCAGCCCCAGCGCUCCCCACGUCCCUCCCCCUGGUGCCGCCGAAACCAUGCCUGGAGACCUCGCGCCUCCCAGGAAAUCUCAUGUUUUCGACCGCCUUCAAACCACCCCGAAAGAUAUGUCGGAAGGAAUUAGGACUCCAAAGCGUCAACACUCGUCGCGAUUUGAUAUCUCCGACCAACGCCAGAGAGAGCUGGAAAAAUUGGCAGGCUUCCAUGAAGUGGCUCCCAACCGACGCCAGGAUCUUUUCAUGCAGAAGAUCGACCAGUGCAACAUUAUUUUUGACUUCAAUGAUCCCACGGCUGAUAUGAAGUCAAAAGAGAUCAAACGACUUGCUCUGCAUGAGCUUCUAGAUUACGUUGCCAAUAACCGGUCCGUCAUCACCGAGCCCAUGUACCCCCGUGUCGUCGAGAUGUUUGCGAAGAACCUUUUCCGUCCAAUUCCCCCUCCCAUGACUCCUCAAGGGGAGGCGUUUGAUCCCGAAGAGGAUGAACCUGUUCUGGAGGUGGCCUGGCCACAUAUCCAGGUCGUUUAUGAGUUUUUCUUGCGUUUCAUCGAGAGCCAGGACUUUAACACAAACAUUGCGAAGGCUUAUAUUGACCAUCAAUUUGUGCUUCAGCUGCUUGAUCUGUUCGACUCAGAAGACCCCCGGGAGCGGGAUUUCCUCAAGACAACGCUGCACCGAAUCUACGGUAAAUUCCUCAACCUGCGUUCAUAUAUCCGUCGAUCCAUCAACAACGUUUUCUUCCAAUUCAUGUACGAAACGGAACGGCACAAUGGUAUUGCUGAGCUGCUGGAGAUUCUGGGGUCCAUCAUUAAUGGUUUUGCACUCCCACUCAAGGAAGAGCACAAGCUCUUCCUGACGCGAGUUCUCCUUCCUAUGCACAAAGUGAAAAGUCUCAGUAUGUACCACCCCCAAUUGGCAUACUGCAUUGUGCAAUUUUUGGAAAAGGAUUCUACUUUGACUGAGGAUGUUGUGCUUGGGUUGCUGCGGUACUGGCCCAAGACAAACAGUACCAAGGAAGUCAUGUACUUGAACGAGGUUGAGGAUAUCUUCGAAGUCAUGGACCCUGCCGAGUUCGCCAAGGUUCAGGAGCCUCUGUUCCACCAGCUGGCGAAGUCGGUCGCCAGUCCCCACUUCCAGGUUGCCGAGCGUGCUCUGUAUUUCUGGAACAAUGAAUACUUUUGCAAUCUCGUUAGUGAUAAUGUUGAGACUAUCCUUCCGAUAAUGUUUGCACCGCUCUACGAGAAUUCUAAGGGCCAUUGGAAUAGAACUAUUCACAGCAUGGUGUAUAAUGCCAUGAAGAUGUUCAUGGAAAUCAAUCCUCAGCUGUUCGAUGAAUGCUCCCAUGACUACACUGAGCACCAGAACGGCGCAGAGCAGCAAACAAAAUGGCGCUCCUCCCCACCUGCUCCCAAUCUCAACGUGCCUGAGCCCAUCGAUGAGGUCGAGGCAUUGACCAACGAAAACCAGAAACGGCUGAACACCUUGAAGAUCCAGGAGGAAGCCGAAGUUUCCAAGGAUCGGCCAGCUCGGGAGGGAACCCCCAACUCGGUGAGUCCCAACCACCUCUGA